CCGUUUUGGCGCCCGUUCUUUUUAUUGUUUUUAUUGUUACGUGGGGCUUGUUGCAUUUUCCGUUUGACAGCUUACUUUUGUUUAAGCAAUCAAAAAUCAUCAUAAAUCAUAUCAAAAUGUUUAGUGAAAAAAAAUUGGUCUAUUUUGAUUAUUUGUUGUGAGCGCUUUUUAUUCGGGCUUAUCAAUUUGGGAAGGUUUUAGCGGUGCCUUUUGAAAUCCUCCAGAAUGAGAAAGGCAUCGCUGAAGUUUCCGGUGCGAAUAAAUAAAUCUCCGUUCGUCAUAGCAUUACUAAAGUUGAUUUUGAGUGAAAAGUCGUGAAAAGCCUCCUGGGCUGAUUUAUAAUUUAUAUUUUUUUUUUUACAACGAAAGCCACGAGUCGAGAUCCAAUAAGUUUCAACAUUACUCAUUAUUUACCCCUUAUAACCGGUGUUUUCUGUGAUUCACAACCUUCGAAAAGAAUAAAGAAGAGUAUUCGGUGUGCUGUAGUGUCCAGCUGUAGAACCAGUUCCAGUUAACCAGGAGAAUCAUGUCCAGAAAUAGAGCUGCCAUGGUCAGCGCCUUCCGCCUCUUCCUGCGUCCCUCGGCCACCCAUCGAAGUCUCGCCCUUCGCUUGGCCCCCGUCACGACCUUUGCCCUGCAUUUACGGCCAGGUCAUGAGCUCCAGCAGCACAGAAGCUUUGCAUCCACGGCGGAGGACGACGAGACGAGCGGCGGCAAAAAGUCGGACAAGCAUAAAACACCGACGACGGGAGGCCACAGUUCAAGUGAGCGUGUGAAUGAGAAAGCUGAAGUUAAUCGAAGAGCAAAAGAAAAGGAAUCAAGCUCCAAUCGAUAUAGGGUUAGAGAGUCUUUACCGCCUGUCGAAGUUGCUAAUCCUUAUAGAGAUCAAGAGUCAAAAGAGCUGGCCAAAAGAGAUGUAAGCAAAAAGAAACGGGCUCCAAAUUCAGAAGACUCUUCCAAUUUAAUAUCAAGAAUUAAAGAACUUAAAGGGUUAAGGAAGUUAUAUCAAGCCAGAAGUGAAAAGCGCAAAGAGCAAGAUUCCGAUUCCGAAAAUGUAGAAAAAAUAAAGCACCGACGAAAAUUACAAACAAAGUUAUCAUUAAGUGAUCAUGAUAAGGAAAUAGCAUACUCCAAACGAGAAUUAUGUAAACAGAAUCCAUUCAAGAAAAUAAUAAUGAACAGAAAAAGAAAGAGAAAAUUGUCACCAAAUAGGAAGAAAACCAAAAAGAAAAUUGGCAACGACGACAUCUAUGUGGAAUAUGUGAACGGUAUGCCACAUAUGACUAUUCGACUUCCCAGUCGCAAUGAACUCUGCCAGUUCGCCCUGAAACCGAUCUCGCACAACGUGGGCGAUCUGUUAGCCAUGCUCAAAGCUGAGGAUCGAGGCAUCGAUCGAGCUGCCGUGAUCAACAGGCAUGGUGUGCGAAUCGCUUCGUCCUGCACCAUCGACAGCUUGUUAGAUGACUCCUUUAGCAUACAAAUCAACAACCGCACAUUGGAGGUGAAUCCACCAACACGUGAAAGGGUCACGGUGGAAUCAGUCGACAAAGUGGGUGAUGUGCGCAAAGUUAUUGCUCAGCUCUAUGAGGCAUUCAACGUGGGUGAAUAUCAACUAGAGAAGAGCAAUCAACUAGCCAAAGAACUGGAGACCUUACGCUACGAACUAGAGCCACUAGAAGAGAAAAAACUGGAACUUAGCAAAAAGGCAGCUCGUCGCACCAAUUUCAUGACUUGGAUGGGUCUGGGCCUAAUGUCUGUGCAAUUUGGCAUCUUGGCGCGACUGACUUGGUGGGAAUACUCUUGGGAUAUCAUGGAGCCGGUUACCUAUUUUGUUACCUACGGCACAACAAUGGCAAUGUAUGCCUACUAUUGUGUUACCAAGAGGGAGUACAUGAUGGAGGAUGUGAAGAAUCGCGAGUACUCGCUGACCCUAUACAGGAAUGCCAAGAAGGUCCAAUUCGACGUGGAGCACUACAACAAUCUGAAGCGGAAGUCCGCUGAGUUGGAGUACAAUCUCAGAAGGAUCAACGAUCCACUCAAUAUGCAAUUACCAUCGCAUUUGGUACGCACCCAAGAAAAUAUGCCACCAACCAAAAUCGAGGAGAAGACGGAGAAAUAAACCUAAGGACUUUGUAACAAUCAGUGCCGACGCAGGGGAAAAUGGAAACUCAAACUAAUUUAAACUACUUAAAAGUAGAUAACAAAUAAAAGUCCCCCCUUUUAGCUAAAAAAGUUUAGGUGAUCGAAAUGUUUUAGAGGAUUUUGAGAGGAUUUUGUGUACGCAUCACAUGUUGUGUAAAUUCAACUUUAGUUUUUCUCUUUAUGUUAACUAAAAUGUUUUAGUUAUUUAUGUUACAUUUAAUUAGUCUAAGCCAAAGUUUGACGACUCGUAAAAACGCACAAGGUUAUUCUGACGCCUGCAGUUUUAAAGCUCCUAAUAUUAUUUUACUUUUUAUUUUUAGUUAUUUAUUGCAAGUGAGAGAUUUGUUUUACGCCUAAGGCAAUUAUUGUGUGUGCAAGUUUUAGCAAAAUAUAUGAAUUAUUUAUUGACUAUUAUUCCCUUUUGAGUUUUAUCAGUUAUUUUAGCGAUUUUCAGGAAAAAAAAAAUACCCAAAAUAAUGCUUGCUUACCUUCAAUAUUUAACAAUAGAGCAUAAUGCAUACUUUUAGGCCAAAAAGUGUGUGGACUGCUAUAAAUUUUGGUUCAAAGAACUGCUUCGUUGCUUUUAGACGGCUGCACCUAUAGAAAAAUAAACAGAAAAGCUGAAUAGGAAUUGUAAAAAUUAAAUUAAAUUACCAUGACCCAAGACAGCGAAAAAUCGCCACCACCUAAAUAAACAAUUCAUUUACUUACCAUCACAUAUACAUCACAUUACAACGACAUUUAUGAAUAGCACACGGAUGUUCAGCUUCCUGAAUGCCUGUGGUCCAAUUUUUCAGUGAAUCUGAAGUCAUCCAGUGAAAUCUACUAACUCUUCGUAAGCUUUAAUAUACCAUAUUCUAUGAAAUCAACUAGAACGGAUCAAUUUGUAAAUAAAAACGCACCAACUAUUCCAUUAAGAUUUUAGCAACGGAAAGUAAACCAUUUCAUAGAGACGUCGUAGUUAGUAAAGUUAAUGAAAUGCUAAGCGUAAUUUAGUAGGUAUGUUAGAUAUGUAAAUAUAUAAACUGCUGUGUUUCAUGACAACGUAAACGAUUUGUAAGAACCACUGACAUUUAUUUGCCCUGCGCGAAAUGAUACCAGAAAAAAGCUUAACUUUAGGUUAGAGUAAACUAGUUGGACCCCUAAAAUUUACCUUAUUACGCUUUCUUCCGAACUCUACGAACCUAUAUACUCUUAAACUUAGAAUCGUCAAAGGUUGUGUUGCCUGUGCUAUAAACCGAAUCCUAGAAUCCAAUCAGUGGACACCACUCUCUACCAACAAUUUACACACAUGCAUCGCUUUUCAAUGCGCUCACUAUAUACAAGUUUAACAACAUUAAAUACUAUAGUCGAUAUCACCGACUUUUAGAUAUCCGGUACUCAUUGCUCUGUUAAGAAAUAUUCUGCCAUGCAUCAAAAACGGUUAGAUAUAUGAAAAUAUUCUUGAAAAUCUCAGAUUUUCUCCAUUUUGUACGAGUACCGGGUACAUAAACGCACACAUGGUUCAUUAAAUAGCACACUUACUAACUAAUCGCCAUUUGGAAUGAUUAACUCUAGCCUAAGCAUUCACCUUUGCAUACUUAUAAUACUUCGAUGACAUUUGUGAUUCAAUUUUAAAUUAUAAAAUGGAAAUGAUUUAUUGUACAAAGAGAUCCUUAACAUUAAUCAAGCUAAAUCAAAUAACUUUGAAAGUAUUUUGCCUAACCCAAGUCCCAACUAAUGUUUGCGUUUAUCUAAUGAAUUAUAAAUAAAUUACCUCCUAGAAGUAUUCCCAAAAUCUUAAUCCUAAUCAGCGCCAAAGACUUAUGAUAUAUUUAACUAGUUAUUCUUAUACAUUUCUCUAAACUGACGUUAACGAUUUUUAAGCCCCUACAGUUUAUACGUAUAUUAUUAUAUUACCAACGAUGCGCCGGAGAGAUUAACUUAUUUCCAAAAUUUUGCUUAAUUGCUCUCGAAAGGUGCAAAUACUUAUAAUUCUCAAGUACCUUCUUUCAAAAA